AUGCAUCCUGUGAUAGCACAAGGGAGGGGAGGCUCAACCAUAUGGAAGAAGAUGAUUGAGGUUAGGGAACAGGUUGAACAUAACAUCUGGUGGCAGCUGAGGGAUGGUAGUUCUAGUUUUUGGUUUGAAAAUUGGACCAAACUAGGUGCUUUAUACUAUGUGAUCCCUGAAUCUAAUAUGGAAGAAGAAAUAGAGGUGAAGAACUUUUUGGAGGCUGGAAGGUGGAAUUUGGAGAAAUUGUCUGAAUUUUUGCCUGAGGAUAUAGUUCUUCAUAUUCAAGAGCAAAUUCCAGUACCUAAUGGGGAUAAAGGAAAUGACACACCUUGGUGGCAGUUGACAACAAAUGGAUCCUUUUCAGUUAAAUCAGCUUGGGAUUUUAUGAGGCAAAGAGAGGAAAAAAGGGAAGUAUUCAAAUAUAUAUGGGAUAAAGGAGUUCCAACAAAGAUUAAUUUCUUUAUGUGGAGGGUUUGGAAAGGAAGGAUUGCUAUAGAUGACAUAAUGAAGAGGAUGCAAAUUGCUCUUCCUUCAAGAUGUUGGUGCUGUUCCAAUCCACAACAAGAAACCAUGUCCCAUUUAUUUCUAACCUCUCCAAUAGCUGAAAAGCUAUGGAGAAUGUUUGCUUCUUGUGCAGGUCUUAUCAUUGAAGGAAGGCAACUGAGUCAGGUUAUACUAUCAUGGUGGACAACUGAGGCGAACCCUCAGUUACAGACUAUACUCAGAGCAGUACCAGCAAUUAUCAUGUGGGAGAUUUGGAAAAGAAGAAAUGCUAUCAAACAUGGGGCUAAUGUUACAUUUACUAGAUUACAAUAUCAAGUUUCACAUACUAUUCAUCAGUUAUGUAAAACUCGAUACCCCUGGCUGCGUAACAUUUCCAUGGAUUGGACAGCUUUGGUUCAAUACCUAGGCAACUACAAACCUAAAUUGUUUUAUGCCAAAGUAUUAUGGAACAAACCCAAUCAAGGAAUUCUAAAAUGCAACAUGGAUGGGGCUAGUAGAGGAAAUCCAAGGAGAAGCUCUUAUGCUUUUUGUAUGAGAAAUCAUAAUGGAGAUCUUAUAUAUGCACAAGCAGAGGAAAUUCACGUGACCACAAAUAUGGAAGCAGAGGCAGUGGCAAUCAGGCAAGCUUUAAUUUAUUGCAGAACUCAACAAAUAAGAGGAAUACAACUGGAAACUGAUUCAAAGGUUCUUCAACAAAUCAUUCAAAAACAAUGGAAGCCUCCAUAG